AUCCCUGUUGUGUUUCCAAAGUUGACCAUUGCCCAAGGUUUGAACCCCUGUGUUGACCCAGUGAACUCGGACGGCUCGCCACGAAAUACUCCUGUCUACAUUCUGCCCCUGUUAACUCGACCUCCCUUCCGGUUACAGCAGCGCGGAAAUAGUUCGGUUGAGUUAGAGCUCGUCCCAAUACAACCGCGCGCGUGCGUGCGUGUGUGUGUGUGUGUGUGUGUGUGUGUGUGUGUGUGUGUGUGUGUUAAAGAGGAUAGAAGCUAUAUAUAUAUAUAUAUAUAUAUAUAUAUAUAGCAAUACAGACGUACAAUUGUGGUGUACGAUGACAGUAGAUGCAUAUAAUGUUUAAUAAAAAGAGAUAAUACAAUAACUGACUGCUCAAUGUUUUUUUUUGUGUAUGGUAUAGGUCAUAUUUGGAUCUACACUAUAGCUAUGUCACAUUUGAAUAUCAAGUAUUUUAUCAUAAUUUUUUUACUUGGUUGAAAUGUAAAGACAUCCCUCCCUACAUUUACCAAAGAUGUUUAUUACUACUAUUAAUGAUAAUGUUUAUUACUAGCUGCUUCCAUUUGGCUUAUUUUAGACCUAUAUAUUAUCGAUAGCACCAGCUGCAUACCGCUAGUAAACUUGUAUUAUUAUUAUUAUUAUUAUAGAUUUUCCCAGAUUAUCAUGAACGCCCAAUCCCGUAACGACAAUGUACUAUUAACAAACAGAAAAUCACACAAGCGUGGCCCGACUUUUACUUUGAAGAAAUUGUGUCGGCGGAUGUUAUUUUUUCACCGUCACAAACCAGACAGAUCAGGAAGUGGUGGACCUACUAGAGGAAAAGUACAAUUAAUCGGCGAAAAUAUACAAUCAGGAACGAAUAUACUAUCCAGUAUCCACGUCAACAUGCAGAUCUGCAAUGUUUGCCGAGACGAGCCAUCAAAAUAUAGAUGCCCAACCUGCCAAAUCAGAUAUUGUUCGCUUGGCUGCUAUAAGACACAUAAGGACAGUUGCAUUCGUGUUGAACGGCCAGCCCCUGUUACCCCUGAAACAAACACAGACGUAGAACCGUGGAACGUGGAUGACAUCCUCCAGAAGGAAGAGGAUUAUAUCGACAAAGUUCCCUUGCAGAAACUUAAACUGCUGAGCCAGUCGGAGGAGCUGAGAGGCCUUCUGCGUAACCCCCACCUGAGACAGUUAUUGCGCUCCAUCGACUCCGCGGCGAAUAAAGACGAAAUGAUGAGAGCCGCCAUGCAGGAACCGCUGUUUGUCGAGUUCUCCGACGAGUGUUUGAAAGUUGUAGAAAAUGGCCAACGCAAACCUUCAAGACCAGGGUCCAGUGAAGAUCUCUAGAGGUUUUGUUUUGCGUAGUAUUUUUUUUUUAUUCAAUACAUUUCUUUGUCCGUUUUUUCCAUGCAAUGCAUA